AUGUGGAGUGAUUUUCAGGUCUCGGGCGGGGGGUGCGGCGGCAAGCGGCGCGCCGGGGCCCCGUGCGAGGUCGGAGGCAAGGUCGCGCGCUGGGAGGACUCCAUCGCGCGACUGGAGGCCGUGGCCGCCGGUGCGGGCGGCGGCGACUGCUGGCGCGCCGAGGACGAGGAGCGGCGCGCGUGUCGGCGGCGCUGGUGCGGCGGCUGGUGCGGCGCGCACGACACCAUCCGCGCCGAGAACGGAAAAUCGUACCUCGAGCUGGGUGGUGCCGCUGCGCGCGCCUGUUGUGACGGGCGCGCAGCCGGCCGAUGCGCCUCGCGGCGCUGCUACCGCGAACGACGCCUCAAGAUGAUGAACCUAUGUGCGAUGAAGCUGGCGCGGUUCCGGCAGACCGCCGACCCUUCGCUGCGGCGCUCCGUGCUCGUGUGCAACACGCUGCGCAGCAUCGAGCGCGAGAUGGAGCGCGAGAACGCGGAAGAGGCGCCGCCGGAGGCCGCAUGUGCGGCGGCGGCGGGCGCGGGCGGCGCUCGCUGCGAGCUGCUGAGCGCGCGCGACCCGGCCGCCGGCCGCGCCACCCCUUCCCUCGCGCCGCCGGCGCCCGACCGGGACUCGGGCUACGGCGACGAGGAGCGCGCCAUCGACUGGGGCUCGGUGCUGAGCCUGUCGUCGCGGUCAGCGCUCGACCCGCCCGAGGACGCGUGGCCCGACGACUGGGGCUGGGGCGAGGACAGCUUCGUGCGGCUGCUGGUGCCCACGAGUUAG